CUUCGUUCUACUGCUCAGUGUCUGCCUUCGUGUCCGUGCCAACGUUGCCAUUGUCGGUGUUGCUCCUGUCGUUGUUGAUGGUGGCUCUCUCGCGACUUCUUCGGCCAUUCUAGGCUCUGGAUCAAGGACGGUUACCCUCAGCGCCCGGAAAGCAUGAUGAAGCCAAGUUGCAGGGCAUUGUGCUUUUGCAUGAGGGGGUCGUCCAUGGUUGGGCUGCUCUUGUUAUUGCAGCCGCUGGGGAUUGUGGCACAAGAGAUGCCACCCAGGAGAGGGGGCGGUGUCAUACAUAUCUCCCCAGGGUGCUUGCCCAGAGAUGAUCAGCACGUAGACUUGUGGUGCCCGGGAGCGGCUGGCUACGAGUGUUACAAGAUCCCAACGUUGUUGCGCAUCCCGAACACUACACAUUUACUCGCCUUUAUUGAAGCAAGGAAGCAUUCUUGCGACGACCACGGGUACGUCGACCUGCUCCUGAGGCGCUCCAGCGACAAUGGGAAGAGCUGGUCCCCCGCGACGAUGAUCUACAGCAACAGCAGCGAGACUGAGUGGCACACCAUCGGAGAUGCUCUCCCCGUCUUCGACUCGUGGGAUGGAUCCGUCCACCUGGUCUUCACCCGCGACAAUCGGGAGGCCCUGCUGUCGCGCAGCGUGGACCAGGGAGCGACGUGGAGCGAGCCGCGCGACAUCUCCCGAUCCCUGGUGCGCCGGCCGGGCAGCUUCCUGGGCACGGGCCACGACCACGGCCUGCAGCUGAGGUCGGGGCGGCUGCUGGUCCCCAUGUACGGGGGCGGCACGGGGCCCUUCGUGGCGUGCUCCGACGACCACGGCGCCUCCUGGCACAUCGCUGGCCAGGUGCCCACCUCCCCGACCGAGUGGGUCAUGGCCGAGGCCCGCGAGCGCGGCGGAAGCGAGCUUGUUGCCAGCCUCCGCUCCGAGCUGGGCCGGCUGAUGUCGUGGUCCAGCGACGGGGGCGACACCUGGACGCCUCCGAAGCGCGCCCCCGGCCUGCCGGAGCCAGUGGGCGGCUGCGAGGGUGCCAUGUUCCUCCACCCGGACGGCAGGUCUGGAAGGAUAGACAAAUUCGUAUAAACAGGGAGGGCGUUCGUGAAGGAGUGUGCCCAGGAGGCUUCAAAUCCUGGAGGAUUCCGUAUCUGAUGAGGGCGGUGGUGUUUUCCAUGGCCAAGUCCCAAUUGGUGUUCAACCGGCUUCCCUGGGUGCCUUAUAUCCAGGGUUCCUUAUCCAAUGCCCUCGCCUUAUUCGGAGGUCCGCGCGGAUUUCUUGGACCGGUGCUUGGGGUGCCCCUGGCAGCGC